AUGCGUUAUUUUUCCUUGGUAUCCGCCCUCGCAGCCACCGCGCUGGCCCAGACACCCCCGGGCAGCUACCCAUCCACCAACAAGAACUUCGGUGUCGCCUUUCCCAAUGCCACUGUGACCCCUGGUACCUGGGUGAGCCCAGAUGACGUCACCAGCCAGCCGGCCGUGUAUGUCACCGACAAUCUCAACAAGGAUGCCACCUACAUGAUCUUCAUGCUUGAUCUCAACAUCCCUGAUUCGGAUGUCACCACCGCCGCCUACUACAACACUCUUGUCCCCGGCCUGGCUGUCAACACCACCACCCGCUUGCACUGGUGGGGUGGCAACUACACUAUUCAGAACGGACGCUUCGUCAACGCCAGCGAUGCCCUGGCUGAGUAUACGGCUCCUCGCCCCCGCGACAGCACCAACCACACCUACACGCUGUAUCUUUUUGAUCAGCCGGAGGGAUAUGUGCCUCCCGAGAAGGCCUUGGACGGGACUUAUUACUCCCAGACCACGUCGGCGCGGUUCAACUUCACCUUGGAGCCGAUUGUGAAGGCCGUUGGGGGGCCAAUUGCGGCGAAUUACUUUUUGAGUGAUGCUUAG